GCUACAUAUCUGGCAGCACUGGUUCGAAAUGUCACUCUUAUCAUGCUAAAAAUUUUGAUAAACAAACGAGAGCCGUGAUUGUAACAUGCGAAGCUGCUAAACGGUUCGAUACGAGCGAAAACUAGUGCAAUUGAUAUUACCCGUAGUUCAAUAAGGUAAAUAAAUUAUUGUUUCGUCGUCAACGCCGGUAUUAAUGUCGGUAACGGAAAAGGAUCUCUACCGGGACACUCCGGUUCGAUAUCUUGGCUAUGCCAACGAAGUCGGGGAAGCAUUCCGUCCUAUUAUCAAGAAGAUAUUCGUUCACGCUAGCUAUGCUGUUUCAAUCGGUUACGUACUAGCGGACACGGCGGAUAAAUCUCGGAAACAGUAUGAGAAACCCGCAGCGCUUGGCGGAGGAACUCGUGGGGCAGCGAUUGCCACAGGCGAUACAUUGAUUUGGCAAAUGUUCGCUUCUGUCAUUAUACCGGGGUUUACAAUUAAUAGAAUUUGCUGGGCGACCAAGAAAGCCGUCAAGAUGGGUAAACUGAAGGGCCCGGUGGGAAAAUGGAUUCCAACUGCCGUUGGACUGGCGGCGAUUCCAUUCAUCAUUCAUCCUAUCGACCGCGGGGUGGACUAUGUGAUGGAUGAAACCUACAGGAAAUAUGUUAAAUAAUGCCAACUUUAGGGUGUAGUUUAGUGAAACGUGCAGGAGUUAGAAUUGUUACGAAAUCAAUUACUGUAAUUAGUCGAACGCAGCCAAUGAUAAAAAACUAUACACAGUCGCUCUCGAAAAUCGCAAUCGCAGAAAUCGUUAACUUUGAGUAUGAACUCCUGUGAUAAAUGAUAGAUGUACUAUUUGUGGGUUAGAGGCAUGCAAAAUGUUGCUCAAAUACUGGUGCUAACACGUGUUAUAACUGAUGCAAUAAACUAUAAAUAUCUUUUGUUCUGACAAUAAAGGGUUGGAAUUGUGA